CGUCCGGUCAUUUCGACAGGCGAGGGCGGCGCAGCCGCUGAAGGCCCUGCUGCCGAUACAGCGUACCGCAACCACACGACAUGCUCUUCCUCCUAGUCCUGCCACUCAGUGGCACACGUCCGCGCGUGUCCGCUACCCUUGCGCUAUCCUGCGAGACGCAGCGUGUCGCGGAUGCUCUGCGUGCUCAGACGGACCGGCCAGAGCCGCUCCGCCUCGCCCGCGCCCUCGACCACGCCUCGCUCGACGCACUCCUCUCCAGCAGCGCAGAGGAUGCGAGCGGACGCUGCACGGCUGCACUUCUCGCCGUGGCGAGUGGCGCGGAGACCGCGGAGCCGGCGCGAACCGCCGCUCUGUGGGCUCUCGUGCGCCUGCUGCGCGCCGCUGGCAGUCGCUGCACGCCAGACACCCUCUCCAGAGUGGCGGCCGUGGCACGCCACUGGCUGCUGCACCCACUGGGACGAGUGCCGGGCGCCGACGGCUCUCUCUCCAGCAGCCACGCUGCGGCGGUGGCGCUGCUGCGCGAGUGUGCCGCCGCCGCGCUCGAGCUCCUCGGCGAGGGCGAGGGCGGUGCGGAAGAGGCGGAUCGAGAGGCGGCGGCCGCCGUCGCGAGCACUGUGUUUCGCUCGUGCUCCCACGGCGUGCUCAGCGGCCGUCUGCCGCCCGUCCACGCGGUCGAGCUGGCGUCGCUCGUCGCGGUGCGCGCCCUGGAGCUGCGGGAGGCGGAGGGAGCAGGUGGAGCAGAGGCGUCGACGGCGAGCAAGCUGUGGCUGUGGGUGGUGAGGGAGCUCGAGGAGUGGCUGGCCGGCGACCCCGGGGCCGCCACCGCGUCCGAGAGCCGGUGCGCCCUCGGCCUCGGUGUGCUCUCGGCCUUGCUUUGCUCCGAGGCUGCCUCCCCACCGGAACCGGAACCGGAGCCGCCGGGGCGGCGGUCCGAGGAUCUCGGGCGAUCUCGGGCGAUUUCGGGCGAUCUCGGGCGGCGGUGCGAGCCGCUGGGCGAAGCACUGGGCGAGCGCCUCUUGUGGGGUGUGCUGCGGGCGGGGCGACGGGGCCCGGCCUGCUCGACGCUUGCCUUGCGGCUCCUUCCUCUCCUCCACACACUGCCAUGCGCCAGCUCGCUGCGGAGCGAGAUCGGAGAGGGCCUGCGCCAGCUGCCCCUCGCGCUGCUCACGAGCCCGACGACGAGCCAGUCGUCUUUGGGCCGGCGCGUGGACGCUCUGCGCUGCCUGGAGGCGCUGCUGACGCAGCCCGGGGCCGCUCGCUCCCUCGUCUCACACGGCGACCUCCUUCCGCACAAGCCUGGCUGGUGGGAGGAGGUGUGCGACGCGCUGCGGCCGCCUCGCCCUGGCGAUCGCCCUGGCGAUCCGCGCCGCGAGACCGUCGAGGAGAGCGGGCUGCGGCUGCGAGCGCCGAGCCGGCUGCAGCAGGCGGCCGAGCGCCGUGCAGUCACUCGGAGAGUCGCCGAGGCGAUGGGCGCGGGGCGCGGCAAGGAGGCUGUUCGCAUGCUGGAGGAGGCGGGGCUCGUGGGUGGCGGUGGGCCCGGGGAGAGCGACGAGGCGGAGGGCCUGCCUGCUCGCGAGCUGGGCGAGCUCCUCACGCGAGCCGAGCCGAGGUACGCCGCAGCCCUCGCCGCCUUCCUCGCGCGGUUCGACUUUGGCGCGCUGAGCCUGCCCGACGCACUGCGCCUCCUCUUCGCCGCCCUGCGCUGCCCCGGCGAGGCGCAAAAGAUAGACCGGCUGAUGCAAGCCUUCGCCCGCUCCUACUUCGGGGACGGGCACGCCCCCUUCCGCGACGCCGACGAGGUGUACGCCGUCGCCUUCUCGGUGAUGAUGCUCAACGUCGACCAGCACAACCCGUCGGUGCGUAGCAAGAUGAGCAAGCUCCAGUUCGUCACAAACACGCGCCGCGCGGCCAGCCACGUCCCCGCCGACUACCUGGGGUCCCUCUACGACGCCGUCGCGGCGGAGGAGCUCAAGGCGCACGACGAGCCGCCGGGACGGCCGCCGCCAGGGCAGCCGCAGCCAUGGCAGCCGCCAGAGGCAGCCUCGCCGCCCGCCGUCUCCGUGUGGCGGUGGCGCUACUUGCGCCAGCGGUGGAGGAGUGCGCCUUCGCCACGGCGCCUCGCGAGCGCGCGCAACGGGACGACGUCCCGGGAGUUGGACGAGGCUGUCGCCGCGCCGCUUCUUCCGGUCGCCCUCGACGCCGCGGCACGCCACCUCUGGCUCUGCUCUGCGGACGAAGGCCUUCGACCCGCGCCGCUGGUCGACGAGGAGCCAGACUGGCAGAGCGCCGUCCGCUUGCUGAUGCUGUGCUUGCGGGCGAGCACCCCCCCUUCCCCAGGGCGACCCUUCGGUGUCGCUGGCGGCGCUGGCGAUGCGGUCGACGCCGUCGUGCGUGCCCUCUGCGCCGGCUCGCGCGUCGCCGCCCCUCUGCUCCACGAGUCGCAAGGCGCCUCCGAUCCCUACUCCGACGGCCCCAUCCGCCUCGUCCUCGCCGCCUUUGCCGUGGCGCGAGCGCUGCCCGAGGAGCUCGGCCCCGCCGGCUGGCACUCGCUCGUGCUCACGCUCCUCUCGCUGCAGCAGCUAGGGCUCUGCCCGGCACCCCUCGCGCCCACUCAGCCCGUCAUGGGCGCCGCGGACGCCUCCCGCCCCGACCCCGACUCCGUGCGACGCGCCGGCGCGAUCGACGCCGCCGUGCGGCUCGUCGAGGAGUCGCUGCGUGCGCCGGGGCCUCCGCUGAGCGAGCCUCUGUGGAUGCGCCAGCGCUCCUGCUCCAUGCGACUGAGCGCGGUGCAGCCGUCGGCGGUCCUGAGCUCCGCGAUGGCACAGCUACCCCGGAGGGGCUCGAGCGCGCUCCUGGCCGCGCUGCUCCGCGCGGUGGACGACACGGUCCUCCUCUCGCUGCGGAACCCGCACGCGGGCUCGCUCCCGGCGUCGACGGCACUGCAGCUGCUGGGCGAGGCACUCAGCAGCGACUCAGCCGCGGCGCGCGAGGCCAUUCCCGCAGCCAUGGACCGGCUUCGUCGUGUGUUGGCCACCCCGGCAUGCCCUCUGCCCGUCCGGCACGCCGCGUCCCACUCCCUCGCCAGCAUCCGUGCCCGUCAGAGUCAGCUUGAGCAUCGAGGUGUGCAGUAGUUUCCCCCAGUCGAGACUCUAAGAGACUGAGUGGCCAA